UCCAUAGUUGGCCGUGUCAGUGGAAAGUUUACAUUCGCGCGGGCAAUUACCUUGUUUUGUUCGGUUGUUUCUCGGAAGAUUUCUUUACGAAAAAGUGAAUAAUAGAGUAUAUAUCAAUCUCCCUUCAUGAAGAAAAUAAGGAUAAACCGCUAGAAGCGAAAUCAUGCACAUAAAACAGGUUAUCAUACAAGGCUUUAAAAGCUACAAGGACCAGACUGUAGUGGAGCCUUUCGACAAGCGCCAUAACGUGGUCGUCGGGCGCAAUGGAUCGGGCAAGAGCAACUUCUUCUAUGCUAUUCAGUUUGUGCUCAGUGAUGAAUUCACUCAUUUACGUCCGGAGCAGCGACAAGCAUUGCUGCAUGAAGGUACGGGGAACCGGGUAAUCUCGGCCUACGUCGAAAUUAUAUUCGACAAUUCCGACAAUCGCGUUCCGAUCGAUAAAGAUGAAAUCUACUUACGACGUGUUAUCGGAGCCAAGAAAGAUCAAUUCUUUCUUAACAAGAAAGUUGUUCCCCGUCAAGAAGUCGUCAAUUUACUUGAAUCAGCUGGAUUUUCCAACUCCAACCCGUAUUAUAUUGUCAAACAGGGUAAAAUCAAUCAAAUGGCCACUGCGCCAGAUUCAUAUCGGUUGAAAUUGCUGCGUGAAGUUGCUGGAACUCGUGUGUUCGAUGAGCGGAAAGAGGAAUCUACGAAUAUUUUGAAAGAUACUGAAGGAAAAGUUGAGAAAAUCACUGAAUAUCUCAAGACCAUAGAAGACAGAUUGAAGACAUUAGAGGAGGAAAAGGAAGAGUUGAAAGAGUAUCAGAAGUGGGAUAAGGCCCGAAGAACUUUGGAAUAUAUUAUCCACGAAACUGAGCUGAAAGAAACUAAACGUGCUUUGGAGGAACUUGAAAACCAACGCAAAACAUCUGGAGACAAGCAAAAGCAGUUUAAUAUGGAGAUUCAGAAGGCCCAAGAAAAGGUCAAAGGUAUUCAGAAGAGUUUGAAAGACGCAAAGAAAGAUGUCGCUACGAUGAAAGAUGAACGUGCAGUUUUAGUAACAGAACAGCAACAGCUACUACGCGACAAAACAAAAUUAGAUUUAACCAUCGUCGAUUUAACGGAUGAAGUUCAGGGUGACAAUAAAUCGAAAGAACGAGCCGACCAAGAAUUGAAAAAAUUGAAAAUCACCAUCGCUGAAAAAGAAAAGGAGUUGGAAGAGAUUCGUCCACGUUAUGAAGCCUUACGGCGAAAGGAAGAGGAUUUCGCACGUGAAUUAGCCCUUAAAGAGCAAAAGCGUAAAGAACUCUAUGCAAAACAGGGUCGUGGUUCGCAAUUUUCCUCGCGAGAAGAACGUGACAAGUGGAUACAAAAUGAAUUGAAAUCUCUCAACAAACAGAUAAAAGAUAAAAUUGUUCACCAGAACAAACUUUUGGACGACCUGCAGAAAGGCGCUGCUAUGGAGAAAGAACUGGAGCGAAAAAUCACGGAGCAUUCAUCCGAGAUUGAACAAUUGCGAUUACAGAUCGAUGAACACAAUAAACAGUUCUACGAAUUAAAGAAGAAAAAGGAUCAGUAUCAGGCUGCACGAAAUGAACUAUGGCGAAAGGAAACCCAAAUGACGCAACAAUUACAAACGCAGAAAGAGGAGCUGGCAAAAGCAGAUCAAGCGCUAAGGUCUAUGGCUGGAAAGCCUAUCCUGAAUGGGCGCGACUCCGUACGCAAAGUGUUGGACAGUUUUCUUGAACGAGGCGGACAAUUCACGGACAUCGCUAAUGCCUACUACGGUCCCGUGAUUGAAAAUUUUAGUUGCGAUAAGACGAUCUACACUGCAGUUGAAGUAACCGCUGGUAAUCGGUUAUUCCAUCAUAUUGUCGAAUCGGACCGCGUUGGGACCCAAAUCUUGAAAGAAAUGAACAAGCAAAAAUUGCCUGGUGAGGUUACUUUCAUGCCUCUGAAUCGGUUGCAGGUGAAGAUUCAUGGAUAUCCCGAUGAUCCGGAUUCCAUUCCCAUGAUCUCCAAGUUGAAAUACGAAGAACAAUAUGAUAAAGCUUUGCGAUAUAUUUUUGGCAAAACAUUGAUCUGCCGUAAUUUGGAGCGAGCCACGGAAUUAGCGAAAAGCACAGGUUUGGACUGUGUCACGUUAGAAGGUGAUCAAGUCUCGUCAAAAGGUUGCUUGACUGGCGGCUAUUUCAAUACAUCACGAUCCCGUCUCGAAAUGCAGAAAAAACGCACCGAAUACAUGGAGAUGAUUCGAGAGUUCGAGAAAGAACUCACGAAACUUCGAAAUGAGUUGCGACAGAUUGAAUCAAACAUAAACAAUGUUGUUUCUGAAAUGCAAAGGACUGAGACGAAACAGGGUAAAUCUAAGGAUAUUUUCGAGAAAGUUCAAGCUGAUAUUCGUCUCAUGAAAGAAGAGCUCAUACGUAUUGAGAAAUAUCGAACGCCCAAAGAACGCUCAGUUCAACAAUGUAAAGCCAGUUUGGAAGCAAUGAACAGCACAAAAGAGGGGCUAGAGAGUGAACUGCAUCAAGAGCUAAUGUCAUCACUCUCCGCACAGGACCAACGCGAGGUUGAUCAACUCAAUGAUGACAUUCGACGCCUGAAUCAGGAAAACAAAGAUGUCUUCGAAGCUCGUAUGCAACUGGAAGUUAUCAAAAACAAAAUUGAUAAUUUGCUGACAAACAACAUGUUCCGACGUCGUGAUGAGUUGCAGCAAGCGUUACAAGAAAUUUCAGUGGAAGAUCGCAAAAGGAAAUUGAAUAAUUGUCGUAAUGAGCUGCUUGCAACCGAGAAACGCAUCAAAAAGGUGAAUCAAGAUUUGGAGGAGAUGGAUAAAAAGUUACAAGAAGCUGUUAAAUUGCAGAAAAAUCUACAAAAAGAGCUUGAAAUGUGGAUACAAACUGAAAAAGAUGCUCAAGAAAAGAUUUCCGACGACGCUAAGAAAAUGGAGAAAUGGGCGGCCAAAGAGAAUCUUUUACAUCAGAAAAUUGACGAAUGCACCGAAAAGAUAGCCAGUCUGGGGGCAUUGCCACAAGUCGAUCCAGCUUACACAAGAAUGUCAUUGAAAAAUCUUUUUAAAGAGCUUGAAAAGGCGAAUCAGCAUUUGAAAAAAUAUAAUCAUGUCAACAAGAAGGCAUUGGACCAGUUCUUAAGCUUCUCCGAACAAAAAGAGAAACUCAACAAACGGAAGGAGGAGUUGGACAAAGCUGAUGAAAAAAUUCGUGAAUUGAUGCAAUCGUUGGAAAUGCAAAAAGUCGAAGCCAUUCAAUUUACUUUCAAACAGGUUGCAAAGAAUUUCACGAAAGUCUUUACGAAACUUGUUCCACAAGGAUCUGGCCAUCUUGUGUUGAAGACAAAAGACAGUGACGGCGAUGACUUUGAAACGGGAGUGGCAAGCUCCGAUGAGUUCAUUGGAAUCGGAAUACGAGUCUCGUUCACAGGUGCCGAUGCAGAAAUGCGAGAAAUGAAUCAACUGUCUGGAGGACAAAAGUCUUUAGUUGCGUUAGCACUAAUUUUUGCUAUUCAGAAAUGCGAUCCAGCGCCGUUCUAUCUGUUUGACGAAAUUGAUCAGGCUCUGGAUGCUCAACACAGAAAGGCGGUAGCUGAUAUGAUCCACGAACUGAGCGAUAAAGCGCAAUUUAUUACAACCACUUUCCGACCUGAGCUGCUGGAAACAGCCAACAAAUUUUACGGCGUACGUUUCAGAAAUAAAGUCAGUCACGUGGAUUGCGUUACGAAGGAGCAGGCUAAGGAUUUUGUCGAGGAUGACGCAACACAUGCUUAAAUUUGGUAUCAUUUUAAAUGUUCUGUAGUGAUGUAAGAAAAGUAAUUUUUACCAUUAUAUAUGAAAAAGCAGAUCGAGAAUAGAAUUUGUUUUGUCAGAAUAAA